AUGCACGCAUUGAAAUUUCUGAUUCUAAUCUCUAUUAUCGGCUCGUCAAAUUGUGUUUUCGAUGAAUUCGACGGAAUUUAUAACGAGGAGGAGGCUCGAGAAAUGUUCGAAAUGAUUGCGGCCGUGCAUGACAAAUAUCCAAAAUUUUGUUUGAAUUCGUAAGUUUAUCGCAGAACAUUUUAUCGAAAAAUCUAUCGAUAAACGUUAUCGAUAGAUUUAUCAAUUCUAUCGAUAGAUUUAUCAAUUCUAUCGAUAGAUUUAUCAAUUGAUAACAGGUCAUUUCCUAAUCCAAAAACUCGACCAAAACUAAUCGACUACUACGACAUUCGUUGCGAUUUUCUGAACAGUAAAUGCACCUUUGGAUUGUGUAAGUAACACUUAUCCAUAAUUAUGGAUACUUCUUGGAUAAAUAUACUUUCAGUGGAGAUUCCGCAUAGAAAGCAAAUAAUCGUGGCAAUCCGUGGCACUCAAUCGAUGAGCCAAUUUUUUUUCGAAUUUAUGAGCGCCUUCAUUCCAGACACAUCUUUUCAUGGACUCGGAGAGGUAUAAAUAAAUGUUCGGAUCGUCUUUCGAUGUUCAAUUUGUUUUUUCGACAGAUAAACUAUUAUUUCGCGAUUACCCACGAAAUUAUAUGGGAAAAAGUGCAAAAAGUGCUGCAAAGCGAUGAGUACAAGGAGCAUGACGUCAUUUUCACCGGGCAUUCUCUCGGGGGCUCACUGGCCAGUCUGUCCGCAUUCGAGACGGUUCUAUCGAAGAUCAGAAACAGUUCUCAGGUCAAAAUGAUCUCUUUGGCCGAGCCAAGGACCGGAAACCUCGUGUUCGCCAAGAAUUUCGAUCGAUUUGUCAAGUAUAGGUGCGGUCUCGCUUUUAAUUAAUGUCGAUAGCUUUAUUGGGCAAACUUGAGCACAAAUCGACCUAAAUUUGUUCAGUUUUCGUGUGAUAAACGGACUGGACGCGCUGGCGCACCUGCCCCCGUGCCACAAGGACUACCGUUUCUGGCCCCGCGUGGAUCUUCCGUGUGACGCGACGAGUCGAACCGGUCCCUAUCACCACAGCGUCGAAGUGUGGUACCCGGACGGAAUGCAGAAAGGCUCCAAAUACGUGAUUUGUAACGGAUCGAAAGGCGAAGAGCUUUUUUGCUCCGACAAAAAUCUGGUGACUAUGAGCAAUUUCGGCAAGGGAAUUACCGAUCAUCGCAAAUAUUUCGGAUAUAUGGUUUAUUUUUGAAAAAUUGAAAAAUCCAUACAAUUUUUUUGAAUACUUUUGCAGGUUUCGCAGUACGGCGCCUCAAAUUGCAACAAAAAUCGGACAUUCGACGAGAACGAGGGAAUGUUGGGAAAACUGAAAGUCGCGUCCGAGUUUUUGAAUAAAAUUGUAUAA